CUCUUUGGUUCCCGCGGGCCUGGUAGUGCGGUGCGGUCAAUGCCGGGUCAAGGUCUGAGGCCUCGCAGGUCAUAGCCCAGGCUCCCGCGAUCCUGUUGUAGGCUGCCAAGUUCCCCAGCCUCGCUGAGUUCUAGGCGGGAAGGCUGAGCAAGCGGCACUAGGACCCCUGGACAGAGCCUUGGGGAAGGGAGUCGGGGUGGGAGAAAUGCCUUACAAGGUCCCCUGGUGGUCACUGUCUGAGCCCGCAGCCCAAAAUAGCUCCUGGCACUUGCUGGCCAGCCUCAUGGCCGGGAGAUGGCUGCUCCCUCUGACCCUGUGGGGCUAGGUGCACCCCGGGGGCCUGCACUUUCAGAACCCCCUCCGACCCGCUUCCACCGCGUGCACGGUGCCAACAUCCGCGUGGACUCCACUGGGACACGGGCCACACGCGUGGAGAGCUUCGCCCACGGCUUGUGCUUCAGUAGCGAGCCUCUGGCCCCGGGUCAGUUAUUCCUGGUCGAGAUCGAGGAGAAAGAGCUAGGCUGGUGCGGUCAUCUGCGCCUCGGUCUGACUGCGCUGGACCCCGCCAGUCUGGCCGCCGUGCCAGAGUUUUCGCUACCCGACCUGGCCAGCCUAGGCCACACCUGGGUCUUUGCUAUCACGCGCCACCACAACCGUGUACCCCAGGAGGGCCAUCCGGAGACAGAGGCAGCGGUCCCCAGCCGGCCCCCGGCCCUGAUGGUGGAACCGUAUCUGUGCAUUGAGCAGUUUCGCAUUCCCCGGGAUCGCCUGGUGGGCCGCAGCCGCCCAGGGCUCUACAGCCACCUCUUGGACCAGCUCUAUGAGCUGAACGUGCUGCCUCCGACCGCGCGCCGUAGCCGCCUGGGAGUCCUCUUCUGUCCACGCCCGGAUGGCACUGCCGACAUGCACAUCGUCAUCAACGGCGAGGACAUGGGCCCAAGUGCAAAGGGGCUGCCAGCUGCUCAGCCCCUCUACGCAGUGGUGGACGUAUUUGCCUCCACCAAGAGCGUGCGCCUGGUCCAGCUUGAGUAUGGAUUGCCAUCCCUGCAGACUCUGUGCCGCCUAGUGAUCCAGAGGAGCGUGGUGCACCGCCUGGCCAUUGAUGGGCUCCACCUGCCCAAAGGACUUAAGGAUUUCUGCAAGUAUGAGUGAAGGUCUGCAGUCCCCUGAAGCAGGACCAUAGGAAUGCAUCCUGGCCCCAGAGCUGGGGCUGGUCUGAAACUGGCCACACUGCUGCCAGGCAGGACCAGAAAUAAACACAGCUAAUGUUAACACA